AUGUUCCAACCCACCCCGAAGCGCUGCUUCACCAUCGAGUCGCUGGUGGCGAAGGACAGCCCCACGGCUUUGCCGGCCUCCCGAGGCCCCGCCGAGGAGCCCCUCCGCCCGGCCGCCCUCAGCUACACCAACGCCGCCGGGCCCGUCAACCCCUUCCUCAACGGCUUCCACGCCGCCGCCGCCGCCGCAGCCGCCGCCCGAGGCGUCUACGCGGCCAACCCGGACCUGGUCUUCGCCGAGGCCAACGCGCCCGUCCACCCGCCGCCUCCGCCGCCCCACCCGCCGCCCCACGCUUUGGGCGCCCACCCGCUGCCCGGCGCCCACGCCCCGCACCCGCUCUUCGCCGCCUCGCAGCAGCGCGACCCCGCCGCCUUCUACCCCUGGCUCAUCCACCGCUACCGCUACCUGGGGCACCGCUUCCAAGGCAACGAAACGAGCCCCGAAAGCUUCCUUUUGCACAAUGCCCUCGCCAGGAAACCCAAACGGAUCCGCACCGCCUUCUCGCCGUCGCAGUUGCUGAGGUUGGAGCACGCCUUUGAGAAGAACCACUACGUGGUCGGGGCGGAGAGGAAGCAGCUGGCGCACAGCCUCAGCCUCACGGAAACUCAGGUAAAAGUUUGGUUCCAGAACCGACGGACGAAGUUCAAGCGCCAGAAGUUGGAAGAGGAAGGCUCGGACUCGCAGCAGAAGAAAAAAGGGACUCAUCACAUUAACCGGUGGAGAAUCGCCACCAAGCAAGCCAGCCCGGAGGAAAUCGAUGUCACCUCAGACGAUUGAGUCGCCCCUCUUUCCUCCUCCUCACUCCCCACACCUUGGUUUAAUUUUUUUUGGUUAAAAAAAGAAAGAAAGAAAGAAAGGAGAGAGAAAAAGAAACUCCAAAACAAAGCUGGCACUCCAGAAACAAAACAACAGCCAAGGAAGCAGACUCUUCUUCCACGAACAGACUCCGGUGUCGGCGCCUUUAAGGAGGGAGGAGGGGGGAUCUCUUUCGAAAAGGGGGCGACAGAGCGGAAGGUGGAAGGGAGGGGGAGCUGUCAAUCAAAGCCCCGCCGCGGAACUAUCCCGCUAUCCCCCCUUUUAGCCUUCGUCCACACGCACGCACCCACUUUGCACUUGGCCAGGGAGAUUGCUUCUCUUGCUCCCCUUUCCCCAGUCUUUGGGAAGGAGGGCCCAACCCCACACUCAGCCAAACUAUCGACCUACCUGUUCGGGAAACUUGAACGUGCAUGCUUUAAAGACACACACACACACAUUCAGAAGGCUUUCCGAACGAAAUUUUAACCCCCACCCACCUCAAUUUGAUAAAGACAGGCAGAGACGAACUGUAAAGCCUUUUCUCCCACCCUCUUUCUCCUUUGAGACAGGUUCUGUGUGCUGUAAACCUUUUUUAUUUUUUAAAAAUGAUAACUUCUGGCGUCAACGUGGUUGUGAAAACUCAAAAUGAAGUAGCGGUAACCAAUUCUAAUUUUUUUAAUUAAUUUUUUUCCAAUUUUUUGCUCCUCCAAAUGGAUAAAUCCUCUGAAGAAGAAAAAAAAAGGGGAACAAAAGAAGGGGUGUCAGUGGGGUGGGGGGAAGAAAAAAGAAGGGAGAAAUUCUCCAAUCCCUGCCCUCUAAGCUCUGGGCUCUAUAUCCCAGGAUCUGAUCCCAGGUUUUCUGUUUAUCCCAGAUUAUCUGGCAGUGCAGACUCAUAUAAUCCAGUUUUAAGCAGAAAACCUGGGAUCAGAUUCUGGAAUAGAGGGCCUGUCUGGAAGGGCCCUCUGUCUGUUUUCAUUUCCCAUCCUCCCCGUGGUUGGUUGGGGAUGAUGAGAGUUGUAAUAAGACACUUUCCAAGGGGAAGUUUUGGGCUCAGGCCCCACUUUCACCACCCACUAGGAGACACAUUUCAAGCACUGAUGAUGAUCCACGAGAGUGAUGUUCCAAGAUGCUAGAGCUACUAAAAUGACACAAGUUCCCCCUUCAUGUCUUCUUGACCAGAAUGUAAAUAUGUUCGUGUUUUUAUUUUUUUGGUGUUUAAUUUGUUAGAAUUCUAACACACUAUAUACUUCCAAGAAGUAUCUCCAUUGUCAAUAUUUUGUCAAUAAAGAUUUAUCAAUAUGG